GUUUGAAGCUGCAAGACGAGCUCCAUGGAAACCGGGCCGCGGGAUAUCAGGGUCUGUUGGGCGAGCUCCUCCGCUCCUGGAAAGGGGGACUUAAGAUCCGCCCUUGCCCGUCCGGUCUGUCAGCUCUUGUCAAGGCCGAAAGAGCUGCCUUUGUAAAUGAAGAUGACCGGCACUGAAUCUGGAGCUUCCAGCUGCACGCAGGCUUGAUGACUGAGAUGCGGAUCCUCCCUUGGUAAAUCAGCUUUGAAGGAGGAUGUCCCAUGCACGGACUCUGCUCUAAAAUGAUGGCCCGUGGCAUGGAGGAGGACUUUCCUCAUCGAUACUAGUUGAAAACUGAGAUUGUGAUGGCAAGACCAGUUAUUUCCCCAAUGGAUGUCCAACCAACGGCUCCUGAAACCUUUGUUGUGCUGAACCAAAGAAUGAAAGUAGUGGAAGAGGAGACAAGUGCACUGUUGAAUGAUCUGCAGAAAAUGGGAGUGAACGGACACAGCAUGGAACUCUUAGCUUCAAAACACCCGGUGAACUCUGAAGACCACCAGGCCAUCAGCCCUGUCCAAGCUCGAACAGCAUUUGUUGGAGCAAAUAACUCAUUGUGGAGAACUUGUGAAAGUCUGGUGAAUCGAAUAUGCCGGCUGGAGAGUGUCAUCCAGACCAUAAAACUGAACAUAUUCCGAUUACAAACAGAAAAGGAAUUGAAUCCAAAGCAUGCAGCCAAUUUAGAACAGCGGCUGAAUACAAUACAGGAGGAACACUUGGAAGAGCUAAAGGUGCUGCAAAUGGAAGGGAGAAUGCUAUGCCAGCAGCUGAAGGAGUCUCGAGAAGAGGAAGAAAAAGCCAGAAAUCAAGUGCAGAAGCUAAGCGCUGCCCUAGAAAUUGCAACUGCAACAAAAAGAGAUGUAACCAUUUCAGCUGAAGAAUUGAGAGCAACAAAAGAAAAAAUGAACAAUAAACUCCAAGAGAUAAUGGAGAAAUUAUCCAAGGAGUCCAGCACAAGGGAGUCUUUGGAACAAGACCAGGUGGUCCUUCUUUAUCAGAUGCGUGAUAUGGAAGCAAUGGUGGAAAAAGAACGAAAGCAGGUGCAAAUUCUGCAGCAGGAUUGUAACAUUCUACGCCAUAAUAUUCAGCUAUCUCAGGAGACAUUACAGAAAGAACAAGAGAAGAUACAUCAAUUGGAGCAGGAAUGUGUACAUCUUAAAACUGAUCUAGAAUCCCGAGACAAGACCAUUUCCAAGCUACGAGAAGAAAUCCAAACUACACAGCUAUCUUUGAACACAGCACAAGAAAAGAAUACAAAGUUUCGAACAAAAAUAUUUACUUUACAAGAGGUAGCAAGUAAGGCACAGAAACUUAAUGACCAGUUGGCUCAACAGUGCGCAGAACUAAGUGGUGCUCUUCAAAAAGCUACUGUGGAAAAUGCUCAACUUACUUCAGAUCAUCAGACUGCUCUUCAGGUGGAACAAGAAAAAAUGAAUCAGAAACUGAAGGAACAAGACUUGAUUUUGGAUGCUGCUCAAGCCAGUGUUACGGGAGAGCUGCAGGUUGUGCAGAGGGAAAAAGCUCAGCUCCAGAAAGAACUAGAAGACUUGCGCACCGAGCAUGCCGAAUGCAAGAAGAAGGACUGUAAAGAAGACACCAUUGCCACUGAAAAAAACCACCUGGAGUGUACAAUUUCCCAAAUCCAAAAUGAACUGGAGACAAUUCUACAGGAGCGAAAUUCUUUGCUGAAGGAAAAAAAGAUACUUGAAGAAGAGUCGCAGCAAACAAUACAAGAAACCAGAAGAACGAUAGAAAGGUUGGAAGCUGAACUAACGGAAAAAAAGGAGUCAGUGAGAGCGCUAGAGAAAGAAAAAAGGGAAUUUCUGGAGCAGGAUGCUGCACUUAAGCACCAAAAGCUCAGAGUACAGCAACUGGAAGAAGAACUGCAGUCCCUCAUAUAUGUGCAAUCAGAAAAUAAUCAGCUCCGCCAAUUUUGUAUAGCCCUGAAGGCUAAAUAUGAUCAGACACAGUCUCUCCUUGUUUGUAGAGAGGAAGCUCUUUCUGUGUCAAUCAAAUCCCAUGAUGAAGCAUUAAGGGAGAACCAGAAGUUCAGAGGGCAAAUAGGUGCCAUUGAAGAAAGAGAGAAGCGCAAGGUGGCAAAUCUACAACGCAAGCUGGAAGAAGCAAAGGAAGAUAACAUCAAAAUGACCACAAUUCUAGAAAAUGUGUUGACUUCUCAUAACAAGAUGCAGAUAGCUUUGGGAAAGGUUCAGAUUGAAUUGGAGCACAAAGAUUCUGAUAUUGCUGGCUUAAAGAAAGAUAGGACCCAGAACGAGCAAAGAAUUCAGACGCUGGAAGAAGAGCUGGAAGACUGUCGAGGCAAGCUAGCUUUGGACUCCCAGCGCAAUGCGAAGAUGACCUCACUUCGUAAAGCCCUGGAAACCUCCAAACUGGACAAGAAGAAACUUAUCCAAAAUUUAGAGCAAACUCUGCAGACCAACAGUGCCUUGGAAAGCAAACUUUCUCUUGUUCAAGAUGAGCUGGAAAGCAAAGAAGCAGAAUGCCAGCAAUUGGUGCAAUGCAGGGACCAGCUCAUUGAAGAAACCAAGAGGGAGACAAAGUUCUAUGCAGAUCGCCUGGAGACCCUGAAGAAACAGUUUCAGACUGAACGAGAAGUGGCGAAGAAAGCAGCCCAAAAAGAAUCAGCCGAGGUUAAAAAAGCUCUUGAAGAGGCCUGCUCUAAAUCUACCGAAAUACUACGCUGCAACAAAGAACUGCGGGCAAAAGUGAUAGACCUGGAAGCCGCGUUGGCAAAUCAGAAGGAGAAGGUAAAAAAGCAGAAAAUACUAAUCACCCAGUACUUCAACUCCAAGACCAACAAUACACACAAUGCAGAGAAAAUCAAGGAGAUUGAGUUGGAAUUGAGGCAAAUGGAAGAGCUGAAGGACCUAUACCAGAAGAAAAACUACGAGCAGUCCCUUAGUAUCAAACAAUUUGCCACCGAAUUAACAAGCCUACAAAGUGAGAUGCAGCAACUGGCCAAAAAUCAGCAAGUGAUGGAAAAUCAGCUGGAAGAAGAAAGGAAAAAGCGGAAGCAGCUUGAGGAAGAGUGCCAAACUUUGGAAAACACCAUUAAGCAGCUCAAGAAAUGCAAGGAGGCUACUGAAGAGAAACUAAAAGAAGCCAGCAUUGAGUCUCAACAGAUAUCAGCUAACCUAGAAGAAGCUCAUCACUGGUUCAAGUCCAAGUUUGAUAGUCUGCAGCAGGAACUACUCAAAAACCGAAAAUCAAAGCUGGGUGAAGAAAGUGAAGAGGAGAAUAAGCCAGUGAAGAUUCCUAGCCAGGCCUGCCUGAAGCGGUGGGAGACCAAAAAUCGCCUGAAGCUCAUCUCCAGGAAAUAUUUAUCGGAACAAAAUAAUUGAUGACCUGCUUACCCAGGAGGUUCCAGGAUGUCAAAGAUGACCCUGCACCUAUGAACAUCUUGUCUCAGAUCUAGGGCCCCAGUAAUGGUGGUCGUACCUGGAAGGAGCCAAAUGGUAGAUCAUUUCAGUGUGAUCCUCCACAUACCGAUGUUAACAGAGGAGAUCUUGUAUGAACUAGGAAUGCUCUACACUAAUGAAGAAGAGUCCUCUAAACUUUAGGCACUAGGCUUCAGCUAUCAAGUCUUUAAAAUGCCUCUGUGGAACUUUUCAGACCGGAAAACUUCAAGUUUUAUUAAAAAUAAAUUAUGUGCCUCAAUCUUAAACUCUUCCUGAGCGAAUUAACUUCCAUUUUUAAAGUCACACGUAGGAUUCAAAACUAUACAGGAGCUAAGUGUACAGAAUCAACCUUGUUAUAUUAUGUACACUAUACCAAGAUAUGAUUUGUACGUCUUGUAUAUUGACAGUUGUGCUUUAUUUGCAAUUCAAGAAAGGAAAACUAUUUGGAUUUCUUUCUUUUUAAGUGGCAGAUCUAAAGCCUUGAUCGGGCUAAUUUUAUAGAGAAUAAGGCUGGCAUCCAAAUAUAUUUUUCACAAAGGGUGGUCUUCGUGAAUCCUCUCAAUACAAGGCAUAGUUUGAACAAAUACAUCACCUCCCAAAAUAAACUGCCAGGAGAGGAAAGAUGUACGACAUAAAUAUUUUCAUAACUACUAAAAUUAUAGUAACAAAAUUCAUAAUUCAGUCAACUAUGUUUUACUAACCUCUCUUACCUGCUUGUCCUAAUCUUCACCCAUCAUUAUUUGGGAAUUGAACUGUUUGGUAUGAGAUGAGAAAACAAUAUAAAGCCAGAAAGUUAGUCCCUUAUAACAUUGGUGAUUUUUAUAUUUAUGUGCACGAAAUACAAAAUCAGCAUUUCAUUAAAAAAAAACUUUAAACAAGUAUGUCAUUUGACCGUUCAUUGAACUAUAAAAUAUUUGUGCAGGCCUCCAAAUAAAAGUCUUACAAAGAAUUGGUUCACAAAUAUCAAAACAACUGGCUUUUCCAAAUAUUUUCACCCUAAAUCAAUCUUUUUUCACUUCAGUGUCCUCCAGACUUCCAAUUCCCAGAAUUUUCAGCAAUGAUCCUGGUAAUUGGGAUUCAGAAAUAGAAAUGGGUAUCCAGAUUGAGGAACAUUACCAUAAAUCAUGGAUAACAAUUAUAUAUUUCUCAACUUUCGCUGUUCUAGAUAACUACUGUAUAGUAUACAAGCCUGCUAUAUAUCUUGUAGGGGUAGGGGGUUUUUAAGAAUAAAACAUUUACUUUUUUGUAA